CAUCCCACUCCUCAAUUGAUUUCACUUCCCUUUGGCACAUACACGAGUACUUUCAUAGAAACCCUCCCAAAAAGAAAUAAAAUAAAAAAAAGAAUAGAAACCGACAGAUAUGUUCUCACAGCCGACCGCCAACGUAAUCCGCUACUCCGCCCUCGGCCUCGGAAUCUUCUACGGCUUCACCUACCAAAACAAACUCACUGCGCAAGCCAAGAUCCGCCGGGCUGAGAAUGAGUACCACCGUAAAGAGAAGUUGAUAAUGCAGGCGAAGGCAGAGUGGGCGAAGAAGCAUUCCGCCGACAAGACUACCGCCUCCGGUGGACUUAUCACCGACCCUAACGACUCACGAUUCGAUCUAGAAGCGUACUUACAGCAGCUUGCGGUGGAUGAUAAGAAAGCUCGUGUCUAGAUGUUUUUGUUUUUUUGAAAAGGUAUUGUAGGCGGGAAUGGGGGGGAAACAUAUUGCGGACACUUCUUCAAUGAUAACGAUGGAGGGGGCUAAAUUUUUACCCCUACGGGACCUUUUUUUUCUACAUUAAUCACGAAUAGAAAUGGUUGGGGAAAUGCGGAAAAUAUGGAUCAAAGUUAGUGUGUUUCUUUUCUUCUCUCUUAGAGUCCGGCAGAGAAUAUGGGUGAAGUUCAUGGAUACGCCCCCGCCGAUAUUCUGCAUGGGGUUUUCAAAGGAGGGUUCUGUAUCAUAUUGCUACACGGUUUUUCUUUCGCGGCUUUCUUUAUCACGUUUUCCUGGGUGGCUGUUGAUUUCAUCCUUCAGGGGGGUGGGUCCCCGGGCAUGCAGUACCUUUGGUGGGUCUCGUGCCAUUCGCAUUCUGUAAAUCCUUUCAACCACUGGCAUCGAUCUUUAGGUUGUGUUGAGUAGCGCAUCACUUCCAACGCGCUAGUUCCUUUAUAUAUACAAGUACAGUAGGACUAUGAUACAUGCUUUUAUGAA